CAGGCAAUCACCAUUCCAAGCUCAGCAUACUGGACAGUGGUUUUGAUGCCAUCUAGGGAUGGCAAAAAUAUACCUGUGUGUAAUAACAUACACUCAAAACGCACCAGCGGGGGGUUCGCAUCUCAACUUCACGCGUCGCACGGGUUAUAUGACAAAACAAUAGCAUUAAUAGCUCAUCGACGGGUGGCGGUGAACUUUGCUCCCGGUGCCUGAAAUUUGGCGGAAAAGGGGGCCCAUCACAUCCUGGCAAAGGAACAAUUUGCAGCUGUCAGUGGAGCACACUCGGCGAACCUGACGGGGCAAGAUGAGCUUUCUCUCCUCGCUGCUGGUAGCAUCCCGCCAAUUAAGAAGGUGCUUUGGACGGGACACCUUUUUAAUCACUUCCGUUACUAAAAAUGCACACUGGAAUGGGAGAAACUUUCAUUCAAGGAAAGUCGUCGUUCCCUAAUACCCGCGUAGAUAGCUCAAAAGAAACAAAGAACGCCAGUGAAUGAAACGCAACGAGCAUCCAGGAGGCAGGAGCGAGGCACCGAUCAUCGUAGAGAACGGGGAUUCUGCCGCGGUGGAGACUGACGGCCAAGACAUGACGACCAAGGCCAAGGGUUCUUCGCCGGCAGCGGGUCGGAGUCCCUCUCCAAGCCCGUCACUAACGCCUCGGGGCAGCACUGUCGCCACUUCACUGGCAAGUGCCCUCAAGCGAAUUUCCACAGGGGACCUAUUGACCGAGCUUCAUGCGACCAACCGGGCUCCUGCCACCGGCACGGACGUGCCAGACCAAACAGAGAAGCCGCCUGUGGUGAACGUUGUGAUCGUCGGGGCAGGGCUGGCAGGGCUGGCGGCAGCUCAUAGCCUUCGCUCCGCUAACCAGGGAAUCUCCAUCUUGGUGUUGGAAGCUAGCGACCGAGUUGGAGGUCGCAUAUUAACUCGAGAAUUGAAAUCAAACACAGGUCGGAACUUUUGGGAUCUUGGUGCUCAGUGGAUUAGUGGCUCUCAGAUCAAGAUGAUGCAGCUCAUCGACCAACUGGACCUUCAGAUUUACACCCAGGCGGAGACCGGGGCCCACUUGGCCCACUUUGGAGACGGCAGGAAGGUGCAGUUCGAAGCGCAAACUCACCCGCUGUCCUCCAUGACUAGGUACGACUACACCACGUUCAUAACAAAGGUCGAGAAACUUCGACUGGACGUCUCCUUGGAGACCCCCGAAGACUGCCCCAUGGCGCUAGAGUGGGACUCGAUGACCCUGGAACAGUUCCGGAAACGGCACAUUUGGACGGCAGCCGCUCAGCAGUAUUUUGACGCCCAGAUCAGGAUUCUGUUUGGAGUCCCACCCGGCGAGAUGUCAACACUUUUCUUCCUGUAUGCGCUCAGCAGCGCCGGGGGGUGGCACUCCAUGUUCGAGAUCGGAAGUGAGACAGCGCGGGAAUUCCGAAUAAGGGGUGGCACGCAGCGACUCUGUGAGAUCCUGGCAGACAUGGUUGGCCGUUCUUACCUCAGGUUAGGCGACCCCGUCAUCUCAAUCAACCAGAAGGACAGCGACGAGCAAGUCACGGUACAGACGCUGGGCGGGAAGCGAUAUCGAUGCGAGCGGGUCGUCGUGGCGCUGCCCCCUAAAUUUGCAGCAAAGAUCAACUUCUCCCCACCGAUGGCUAAGGAACGGGACAAUCUCUUGCAGCGAAUGCCCGCCGGGAAUUCCCUCUGCUUUGUGGUCACCUACAAAGAGGCCUUUUGGCAGAAGCUCGGGUUCAGUGGUUAUGUCAUUCGGGUGACGUCACCUGCCCAGAAGCCCCAGCAAGGUGAGGCUCAGACAUCGGAGAAUUGUGAUCAUCAGAUACCGUUCAGCGCUCUGUUCGACGCCACGACCAUGGACCAGAGCCCAGCCCUGUCUGGGAAAGUUGAUGCAGAGAUGUGGAGAGAGAUUCCGGUUGAGGAGAGGAAGACAGCCAUACUCAAGGGAAUCGAGGUUUUCUUUGGUGUGGAGGCACUGCAGCCGCUAGACUACACGGAAGUGGAUUGGGGCGCCGAGUCAUAUUCGUCUAGUUUCCCGUCGUCUGUCAUGGCGCCCGGUGCCAUGACGGGCUACUUCCAGGCACUACGAAAACCCUUUCAGAGAGUUCACUGGGCAGGGGCAGAGACGACGAACCGGUGGUUUGGCUUCAUGGACGGUGCGGUGUAUUCUGGGAAGAGAGCUGCCCAUGAGGUGUUGAACGAGCUGAGACCAGACGUUGUCAUCGGCGUUUAAAUUAAAGCGUGGUUUCGGAGGCAUCUCCCCCACCUAGCAUCCCAGCCCAGUGGCAUAACUACGGGAGGGGGGUGCACAGGGGAAAAGCCCCAGUAAAAGCCGAUAGCUCCUCCCCAUGGUUCCUCUAUUAAAUUUGGAAUGUAUACAUUACCUAUGUGUAAGCCACAUUUCAUCGGUUUUCAGAGCCUUCUUCAAAUAAAAAAGAAAAAAAUUGUGCACCCCUGGGUGCCACCCCUCAAAUGUCACCCCAAUUGCGUCACUGCCCAAGCCUCAAUCCCUAUCACACAGUUAUGGUUUCAGUGUUUCAUGCUGACAUUCAAAUCUUCUUUCACUUGUUCGAAAGGAAUCCACUGCUGACAUUAGAAUAUUUUGGGGAGAAACAGAAUCAUACAAACCGGUCCAAAACCGAUCACCGCGUCAACUAGGCCCGUAAACGUGACGGGCGUGCAUUUUAAUUUACACCUGCAGAAGUCUAGAUCUUUUCCUCCCUUCAUGAUCUGUCGAACAUCGCCGUAUUUUGUCGCACCUAAUUUCAGAACUUGUCCUCCAUUUUACACAAUGACCCGAAACCUUAAAAAUGCUUACUUUCUCAUCUAUGCAGAAACCACAGAAUUUAUUGUCAGCCUCGCCUGCGCAGUCAUGGAAACUAGCGUAGUUGAUGCAUACAAACGAGCGAUUCAAAUGGAGGGAUUGGGAAUACGUCUCUGUUUGCUCUCGUGCACAGCGCCCUCUUGGACGCACGUGAAAAUCGUAUGUGAGACUGGACGGCUCAUAUGGAUUUGCACGCUUUCCUCAAAUACAUAUCUCAAAGCCAAAAUGUUUUCGUCGUUGAAACACAGAAUUUCAGAUACAUCAUUCUCUAUGCGGCAGAUAAACAAAUGCUGGUAUAAAGCUUUCAAAGAAAUUAUGCUCAUGUCUCCACCUCGAGCAGAAGCGCCCCCUCAUCGCUUGAAAAGAGUCGUGUUGGUCGGAAGUGUUCAUUUUGUUGGUAGCGAUGCAACCGUGACGCGUGCAUUUCCUAGUCGUUCGAGAAACAGCUAAGUUCAUUUCUGAUCAAAGAAGCCUCCGUUGCUAAAAAUAGCGCCCUCUCUCGGUGCAGCUAGAGGCCCAUACAGUACUAAAAUUAUUUAUGUAUAUAUAAGGAAGUAUUUGUACAUAUGCAACAAUAUUAUGUAGGCCUAUAUAAACAGCUCAUUUGACAUUUAAGUGGGAAAGACCUUUUGGCUUUGAACUUCAGGUGCUUAUGAUAAAUAUGAUUUCUUUUGGAAAGCACAAUGUGGUUGAGUACAUCUUAUGCAAAAACUUUCAGUGGCCUUGCAAAACGGAUGCUUUAUUUUUUAAAAAUCUCGUAAAAGGUACAAGGGAAACCUGAAUAUUUAUUUUAUACAAGUAUUUCUAACAGUAAAUGUACAAAUUCCGUCAAUGUUUCAGUUAGAAUAAUACUUCUCUAUUUUCUGGUGUGAAGUUGCAAAGUUAAAUAACUUUUUGAAUUAACCAAUUUAAACAUAACAUUGGAAAGUACAGCGUUAUGAUCAAACAGCAUCAAACGCCCUGGUCUAACUUGUAUUCUGGUGAUGGUCUUCCGAACCUUUAUAAUUUAUGGUAAGAAUUAAUAACAAUGUUAAAUGUACUGAAUAUUGAUUAAAAUCUAAUUCAGCAACUUAA